AAUGCAGGUCUUAAGGAUCAAGUUUUGGCACUCAAAUGGGUUCAAGAAAAUAUUGCCGCCUUUGGUGGUGAUCCUACGGAAGUCACCAUUUUUGGAGAAUCUGCCGGCGGUGCGUCAGUCCAAUAUUUAAUGCUAUCGCCUCUUGCCACUGGACUUUUUCAUCGAGCCAUUUCAGAAAGUGGCUCAGCUCUGUCUCCCUGGGCUCAAGCUGUUAAACCAAAAGAAAGAGCAUUUAAACUUGGACAAGUACUAGGUUUAAACACAAAUAGCACAGAAGAACUUCUUGAAUUUUUAAGAAAAGUGCCACCACGUAAAUUAAUUGAUGCAUCUGAAGAAACUCUAACAUCUGAAGAUGCUCGAAAUAAUAUUGGAUUGCCCUUUGUACCUUCGAUAGAAGAAAAUAUAGGUACAUGGGACGACGCAGAUCCUGAUGUUAAUCACGAUGAACCCUUUAUUACUGAACCACCAAUAGAGUUGCUUAAGAGAGGUGAUUUUCACAAAAUUCCCUACCUUACGGGCUUCAAUUCUCACGAGGCUAUGUUGUUUUUGAGAAGACUACGAAAAGACCCAAAUCUACUGGCGGCCUACCAAAACGACACUACGCGCGUGGUACCGGUAGAUUUACAAAUUCCUGGUGGCCGAGAUUCUAUUGAGGGACAAGCUGUUGCAGCAAGUGUACGGCAAUUUUAUUUAGGGUCAAGGGAAAUUACAAAAGAUACCAUAGAUGAGUUAAUAGACAUGUGGACUGACCUAAUGUUUGUCCGGGGAAUUGUGACCUCUGCCCGAUUGCAUGGAGCAGCAAGAAAUGCCACAACGUACCUCUAUAGAUUUGCUUUUGACGGAGCACUUGGCCUUUACAAGCGUCUAUUGGGCAUCUCGCGACCAGGAGUGUGCCAUGGUGAUGAAAUUGGAUAUCUCUUUCAUUUUGGAUUCUUUAAUUUGAGUCUGGAUAAGGCAGCCCCUGAAAUUCAAGUUAAGCGCCGUAUGGUAGCAAUGUGGACUAAUUUUGCCAAAUAUGGAUUACCAACGCCAAUGGGAGAACAAGAUUCAGACUUUAAAAUGAAUUGGGAGCCAAUACUACAAACAGCCGGCAAUGACUUACCAUAUUUAGAUAUAACCGACCGAUUAAAAAUGAGAAUAAAUCCAGAAGAAAAACGUCUGAAGUUUUGGGAUGAUUUGUACAAAAGAUAUAAUGAUAAUGAUGAUAAUUGUGAAUGAUAUAAAUUGAGUCCAUACUUUUUGUUUAUGAUUGUUGCAAAGUUUUGUUAUAUAGUUAAAAAGAAUUGUUGAAAAGUUUAAAAUAAAUUAAAUUUCAAAAUUGG